CGCCCGCGAUGCCGGCCCGCCCGCCCGCUGGGCGCGGAGGCGGCGGGCGCCGCUGGCCGCGGCCGGCCGCCUGGCUGUGGCUGGCGGCGGCGCUGGGCGCCGUGUGGCCGCCGCGGAGCUCGCUGGUGCAGGGCCGGCGGCUGAUCUGCUGGCAGGCGGUGCUGCAGUGUCAGGGGGAGCCCGAGUGCAGCUACGCGUACAACCAGUACGCCGAGGCGUGCGCCCCGGUGCUCCUGCAGCAGCCGCCGGCGGGCGGCGGCGGCGGCGGCGGCGGCGGCGGCGGCGGCGGGGACGGGCCGGCGGCCGCUGCAGGCGCCGGCGCCUCCUCCAGGCGGCGGUGCCCCAGCCACUGCAUCGCGGCCCUCAUCCAGCUCAACCACACCCGGCGCGGCCCGGCGCUGGAGGACUGCGACUGCGCGCAGGACGAGAACUGCCGCGCCACCAAGCGCGCCAUCGAGCCCUGCCUGCCCCGCACCAGCAGCCCGGCGGCCGGCGGCCCCGGCCCCCCCGGCGGCGGCGGCGGCGGCGGCGGCGGCGGCCCCGGCGUCAUGGGCUGCACGGAGGCGCGGCGGCGCUGCGACUGGGACAGCCGCUGCAGCCUGGCGCUCAACCGCUACAUGACCUACUGCGGGAAGCUGUUCAACGGGCUGCGCUGCACGCCGGAGUGCCGCGCCGUCAUCGAGGACAUGCUGGCCGUGCCCAAGGCCGUGCUGCUCAACGACUGCGUCUGCGACGGGCUGGAGCGGCCCAUCUGCGAGUCGGUCAAGGAGAACAUGGCCCGCCUCUGCUUCGGCGCGGACAUGGGCGGCAACGGCGCCGGCAGCAGCGGCGGCUCGGACGGCGGCCUGGAGGAGUACUACGACGAGGACUACGAGGAGGAGCCGAGCCAUAAGGGGAGGGACGACGCCGAGGACAAUGCGGGCGCCGAGCCCGGCUUCCCCGUGCAGGCGGACAGCGCCGGCCGGCCCGCCGCCGCGGCCUGGGCGCUGCUGGCCUCCAUCUUCCUGGCGCUGCUGCCGCGGCUGUAGCGUCCCUCCCGGCCGCCCGCCCGCCCUCUCCCUGCGCCGGGGGCACGGCCCGCGUCCCGCCUCGACCCUCCCCACGCCGCUCCGUCCCCCCCGCUUCUCCCCGAAGGCAAAGGUGUGCCCCCCCCCCCAACCCCCCCUCCUCCCGUCCGCACCCUUCCCCCGGCCCGGCCGCCUCCGGCGGGGGGCGGCGGCCGAGCGGCGCGGCGCGGCGGGCCGGGGGCCGCUCGUGUUUCGGGUGUCGGUCUCGAGUGUGCACUAUGCAAUGGUGGCUACCCCGCCUCCGUGUCAGCAGCGGGCGGGCUAACGGAGAGGCUGCCGGCGGGGCCGCGGCCGGCGCCCCGCUGCCGCCCGCCGCUCCCCGGGAGGAACCGGGAGGGACGGCGCGCUGGCUGGCGGUGGCUGUUUUUUAAGCGUUUUGACAUGAAGGUUAGGGAGAGGUGAGCUACCCAGACUUGCUGCCAAAGCCCUUCCCGUACUGGUUAGUCAACAGCUCGCUUAUCGUUUGCCAAGUCUCGCUCUUCGUGGUGCGGCGGUGCCCGAAAGGGGGUGACGCCGCAUCUGCCGUUAAUUAAAUUUAAGGAAAUAGCAGACUGAAUAAAUUCUGUGGUUUACAGCACUCCUUCUUGCACACACAUCUUCCCUGUAACAAAAGCAUGCCAGCAGCCGUCUCUUCCUCUUUAACCUAGCGACAUAAAAAGAUCCUUUUUUUUUUUUUUUUUUUUUUCUCCCCCCUCAGAGUUGUUGGCUAUACUGAACAAUGCAACUUUUGUUUUAAAAGAGCUCUGCACUGCCAUCUUUGAAAGACACUUUUAAACUCGAGAACAUGUAUGUACAAAUAUCCUGAAAAGUUAUAUUGCCUCUCGUCAUAUCAGGGUGCUGACCUCUGGUAAAUCUUUUAUUAAAAAAUGUAUUUAAAACUGGGAUUUGUUACCAGUUGCUCUUCGUUGUAUAUAGAAUUUUAUAAAUUGUAUGCUUUGGGGAUAAUUUAUUUAAGAAAAAAAAAAAUAAAGUUUUAAGUCCACAUCCUAUUUGCCAGAUAGUGGCAUUUGCUAUUAUCUUCUGGAAAGGUACAGAUUUAAUUCUGUGUUUAAAGGGAUACCAGCAACAGUGAUUCAGUGAAAUAUUCUCUAGAACAUCAAAUGCACAAUGUAUUUUACAGAUUGGAAGUUAUUCUUAUCUGGAGAGACUUUAUGAACGUUGUAGAACUGCAUAAAAGCAUUUCUGAGCUGCCUUAAACCUUGUAUUUUUUAUAGGAGGCGUAAAAAAGGCCUGUGUUUUAAAUAUGUACGGCUUUUUGUAUUUUCUAAACGUGUAAAUUAGUAAAGAAAGAGCUUUAAAUAA